CUCGAUGGGAAGUUUCAUAGGACAGCAACAAUUAUUUCAAAAUGAAUGAUCGUGAACUCGAUCUUACGGAAGCCCAAAAAGCAAUAAAGGCUAAAUACCCAGCCAUCACCAAGAAAUAUGAAUAUUUGGAUCACACAGCUGAUGUCCAGUUGCAUUCAUGGGGAGACUCACUGGAGGAAGCAUUUGAACAGUGUGCAAUGGCUAUGUUUGGUUAUAUGACAGACACGGAAACUGUAGAGCCCAUCGAUACCAUCGAAGUUGAGUCUGAGGGUGAAGAUAUGGAGUCCCUUUUGUUCCACUUCUUAGAUGAUUGGCUCUUCAAGUUCAGUGCAGAUGUUUUUUUCAUUCCCAGGGUACUUUCCAUACCUACCUUUGUUUGCUUUGUUUUUGAUUUAGCUGGAAAUAACACACCUUCAGCUAUGUUGUGUGUGUGUUUGUACAGGUGGGGAGAGGAAUUCAACCUUUCUAAACAUCCACAGGGGACGGAGGUGAAAGCAAUCACUUACUCAGCCAUGCAAAUACAUGAUAAGAAGAAACCCGAGAUCUUUGUCAUCAUCGAUAUCUAACUCAUGGAAACCACAGAGAAAUCUCUCCUUUUAUGAUUUAUAUGAAUAUUUUCAGAAUAAAUCCUUUGUUUACAGAGACUCCUUCCCAAAGCUGACGUAUAACACAAAGCUGUGUUAAAUCAUAACAAAGGGACAGAGCUGACAUAGCACAGAUGGAUGUGAACACUGCACACCUUUUAUUAUGUUAUAUUAAAUAAAGUUUUGU